AUGGCCUCAACUCUUCCGUCAUAUGAUUCUUCAGAUGAAGACUACAUAGACAUGGACUUGUUUUCUUGUUCAGCAAACGCUUCUCCACCACAGAGCAGAGAAUUUGAGUUCCAAUUGUGUUUCAUUCCAAAAGAAACUAAAAAUUCCCCAGCUGAUGAACUCUUCUAUAAAGGAAAACUUUUGCCUCUCCAUCUUUCUCCCCGUUUACGAAUGCUCCAAAAACUACUUAUCCAAAGCUCGAAAGCGAAAUAUGCUUUCGAAGAAGAGAAGGCACCAUCCAGCAUUCCACUAGAAGAAUCAAGAGAUAGUAUAUCGCGAUCAGAAUCCUGCAGGGUGAGUUGUGAACUGCACACCAAUGACGAGUAUUUCUUCGAGUGGUCUACUGAAUUGAGCAGUUUUAUCCAUAGUAAUCAUCCCAAAAAAUAUUGGUCUGAGAAGCUUAAGCUGUUUAAGAAUUCUAUACUUGGUCAAAAGUUGAAGGCAUAUCUGAAAUCUUUGUUUAGUAAAUCUGAUGAGUCCUCCUGUGCCAAGGCUGCAGCUUGCAAGGUAGAACCUGGAAAUUUGUUCAAAAAUAAGAAGCCACUAGGACAUAUUGAAGGACCUGCAGCAUAUCCAAGUCUAGCUACUAUAAUGAAGAGCAUUGAGAAGGAGGGGAUUCAUGAGGAUAAUUAUGUCCAUAGGAGGUCCUCGUUCUCAGGAGCAACAAAAAAUAAGUGCUCAUCUUCAUCUUCAUCUUCGUCUAAUUCUUCAUCUGGUGCUUCUUCUUUAUCCUCGUCUUGCUCGCUUAAUUUGAAUGAUUUUCCCGAGUUUCACUUCCGCAAGAGAAGUAGCAGUACAACAGAAAUUGAUGGUUCAAUUGAGGCAGCCAUAGCUCACUGCAAAAAGUCCCAAGUGUUCUUUGAUUCAAGAAAUACAUCUGGAUUUUCUUCAUUGCCUGAAAUCCCUGCUUCCAAUUAUCAACAGAGACUAGAUGUUUGCAGCAUUUAA